AUGGCGCUAUCACACCCGCACCUAGCCGUCCUGCUCGCUCUGUGCGCAUUCGCCAUGGCGCGGCCGGCCGUCGGCGCCAACGUGUCGAUCACGACGUGCCGGUCCUUCUGCGGCAACAUCACGGUGGACUACCCGUUCGCGCUCCACCCGGGGUGCGGCCACGCCGGGUUCCGCGACCUGCUCUUCUGCAUCGACCGCGUGCUCAUGCUGCACCUCCCCUCGGGCUCCUACCGCGUCCUCGACAUCGACUACGCCUACCGCGGCCUCACCCUGCACGACCCGGCCAUGUCUGACUGCCGCGCCAUCGAUCGCUCCCCGGCCGGCCGCGGCAACGGCUUCGUCGUCGAGCCGUGGCGCGCGCCGUUCCUGGCGCCCGACCCGGACAACGUGUUCCUCCUCCUCGGCUGCCGCGCCAGCUCGCCGCUCUUCCAGGGCUUCCCCGACCGCCACCUGCCGUGCCGGAACGUGUCCGGGAUGGGCUGCGCCGACUACUACGGCUGCCCCGCGUGGGACGACUACUACGACGACGGGCGCCGGAGGCCCUCGGGGGCGACGGCCGUGCCGCCCGAGUGCUGCGCGGUGUCGUGGGGCGCCAUCAGGUCGGUGAACGUCAGCCGGCUCCAGUGCGAGGGGUACAGCAGCGCCUACAGCCUCGCCCCGGUGCGCGCGGCGGAGGGGGCCGGAGGGUGGGCGUACGGCAUCCGGGUGGCGUGGCAGCUGCCGGAGGCCAACCGGGGGUUCUGCGGCGCGUGCCGCGCCACGGGCGGGGUGUGCGGGCACGACGAGGGGAGCCACGCCGACCUGUGCCUCUGCGGCGACUGGAACUCCACCUCCAACUGCGACUCCUCGUCGGACUCCGCGCGGUCCAGCGCCGCGGCGCCUGGCACCGCCGCUGCGUCUCUCUUCUUGGCAGUUCUUGUCUCAGGAUUGUCUUCUCUCUGGUGGUACGGAUCAAUAGCAAAUAUGUGAAGGGACUCAGUGAGCCUUGUGAUGGUUUGAUGUUUGAUCGAACAGAAAUGCGUUGUUUUUGCCGCCAUAGUUUGAUACAGUUACUUCCGGCAAGCGGUG